AUGGUUCGAAACUGGAUGGAUUUGCGCGUUGUUCACGGUGCUGCCAAUUCUUUCACAGGAUCUAUGUUUGUUCCACGAGGCGAGCCGCAGUUUGUGGAGUUUAGAAGCAGGGAGGAACUGAACGCACGAAGGGCAGAUGUUAAAAACAGGCCGUUCACUCAAGCAGUGUUUAGCAAAGAUGUAGACCCCAGACAAGUAUUCUCUCCGGCCGAAAGACAUCAGAACGGCGCCCAACGACCUGAAUUUACAAGGUAAGCCGGUUGAAGUUUGUGUGACAAUUUUUAUUGUUGUCGGAUAUUGCACGGAAUGGUGAUAUUGCAAGUACUCGACAUGACUCGGCGGAAAUAAUUGAAUUAAAAAGAGGCCUUUGUUCCGUAGUGAAAUUCACUUUUACAAUAAUCUUUUCAUCACGCGGUAGCUAGAAAAUAGAGAGAAAGAGGGAGUCAUUUAGGUUUCCAAUAAUCAUGAACUGAUUGAUUCAGCUCACAAGUGGACCUCACAUAGUGCUUCGUCAGUCUAUCGCCUUGUCUACAUCUUCAACUUGAAUUUCUCAUGUCUUUAUUUUUGAUGCAUUAUUAAUAGCGCCUUAUUUGUUUUGCUAUGUUUGUCAUCUAAUUCAAUGAAAAUUACAUAUUUGUCGAGUUUACAUCAUUAUACGAAGAAAAACGUCAAAGAAAAGACUGUUUGGAAGAAUAUCGCCUUGAAAGUGUUUUUCAUUUUUACAGCUCACUUGUCGACAUUGUAAUAUACAAAUUCGUACGAUUAAUUUUUAAUUACAAGCAACGUUUGAAUAAAUGAUUAAGAAAGUGUAAACUUGUAAUUACGAAAAAAGGUAAUGUUUUUUGAAAUCUUAGAUGAAUCAGUUUGGUUGUUUGGUUUGUACAUCAUCAUGAAUAUAUAUACUGUGAUCACGGUACAACUCAACGUAGGAAAAGGACAUAUUUUGUAACCUAAUUCACUUUUAGCUUAUCAUUUAACCCCCUGAAUUAUGGACAUAUUAUAAAUUUAUUCAGAGUUUGUAUUUUUGUUGGUACUUGCUCAGUGAUGUUUGUAUGCGAUAAAUUUCUAAGUCAGUCUCUCUACCUUGAGAUGAAAAUUUAAACCAGGAAAAGGCGAGUAUAAAACUGAAAAACAUUUCAAGCAGGAAUGCGGAAAAGGAAGAAAAAGUUAAGAUCACGUUUUCCAGCGGAAUUCUGGAAUGCCUAGAAUGCUAUAAAUUGCAAAUGAAUAGUCGAUGUUUUUGCCAGAGUUUGUGAAGGCAUUGUGCCUUAACGAUUUCUCUACUGUUAGCCAAUCGAAAGCAUCUCAAGCGGUAUAAUCACUGAGAAAAAUUCAACGAAGUUUUCAAACGCCUUUUUCAGAGGCUCUUUCUUUCAAUCAGAGCCGGGAUCAAGAAAAUAUUAGUAUUAGGUUGAUAAUCUUUCUGUCUUUCUUGAUAUAUAAAGUUACGGUUCAUGUAUAGGACCGCGAGUGACCAACUUCUCCUCGUCAGCUCAAUAAGACAUCAUGAUUUACCCAACCCUGAGCAUAACAUUCGUGCCAAGUGCAUAGUUAUGACGUCUUGACGACAGAAUUCCGUUGUAAUAUCUAUCCGCGCAUUCUUAUUUGCACCAGUCUGUUUUAUAUCGGGUCGAAAAAAUUGCCUUGUUUAUUGCUUAGGGUCCUGCCUUUUAAUUUUGUAUUUCAGAUCACCGCCGUCGUAAUUUCAGUAGAAAGGUUCUCCAUGCAUACAGUGAACUGUUUUAGUUUCCUUGCAGAAAGAAUGAAAUUGCUUUGGAGUUUAUUCAUCAAACAAUUCGUGUAUUGUUGCGGUGCCCAUGGCAAUGAAAACGUGCCAUGCACUCAAACACGGGACAUCUUGAAAAAAGCCAAUAAACUUGACGGUCUCCUGCUAUAUAUUAAUAAACGUAGACCCUCCUUGAAUAAUUGAAAAUGGGCUGAAAUGUUUAAAAAGAUAUGCUAAAUUCCAUUUAGGAAUUAUCAUUGCUGGGAAUCAGUCCUUCUUACUAUAACUAUAACUUCCUACACUCAAAACGUGUCGCAAAGCGCAUAAUAUACUAAAUGGAAUUUUUUCCCCUUUGUCUACAUAGAAUAGCCGGAAAGUUUUUCUCUCCACGGCGGAUAGAUAUGUUAUUCAAUGUGUACAAAAAAGAGCGGGUUAUUAAAUAUAGUUGGCCAGCCUGUCGUUCACAAUUAACUGCUGUCUAUUUUUAGUUUGAUUCGCUCAUUUUUUUUGUUAUAGCUAUGCCCCUUUAGUCAGACUUAUGGCUUCUUCUUGCGUUCUACUCCAAAGACGUUAACCUCAUUACAAGACAAAAAAUUGCGAAUUUGUCAGUUAUAUUAAGUUUACAAAAAAAUAAAGUUGACGCGCAGGUUUUCCCAUCCUUCAUACACCAUACGGAAAAAAUCCACGAAAUUGGUGACUUAUAACUUCCGACUGACAUAUCUCAUAUCGUAUACCUCAAAUUAAAGAUUAGCAGUCUGGUUUUGAGGGGCUUUUAGCAGUAGAAGUGGUCUUGACAGAGAAGGAAGACAGUAAGCACUUAAAAACUUCGCCAUGAUAAGGGCAAAUGGUGCGGAGUGGACCCGGCUUUCCUUAUAUUGGACUGCAGAACACGUGUAUAAAACAGGUGGGAUGAGUAAAUGACCGGCAGUCAGGCGUCGCCUGACAUAUAUGUACUUUACAAAAGAACUGCAAAAGUAAACAAAUGUAAGAAUGUUUAGGAGUUAACUCUGUUUCGUCAAGCAACGAUGUAUCCUCGUUCUAAUCAAGGUCAUUUUUCAAUCAAAAUAUUUCUCCAUUUCUGAUUGGCUAAUUCUUCAUAACCAAAUUUGGAAGACGUUUGCGAUAUCCGGUGAAAUGACGUGAGUAGUACAGGAUAAAAGCCAGAAAAAAGGACGGCAACCGAUAAGCCCUGGGACGAGGCAGCGUUGUUUUGGUAGAGUUGAAGAAAAUCUAGCAGGAAAUUUCACACGUUUUUGGAAGAAGAAAUAGCCGAACUAUUGCCUUAAAGCAUAACAAGAACAGCAAAAACACAACUCAAUGGAUAACAACUGCUAUUUGAGAAUAUCUGCUGUACUAAAAACUGGUUUAUAUUCCAAAUUUGGAAAAAAAACUAUAAUUUCAGAGCUACCCCAAUAAUAAAACAAUUAUUGGAUUCGGCUUUCGUAAGAUCUGAAGAAUUAUGAAGUUCAUACGAAAGCUGUCUUAAAAAGAUUGUUUCAGGUUAGUUCUCUUGUAUUCGCUUAGCCUUGAUCACUCGGAAACGAAAACUUAACUGCUGGGAAGAAGUUAAAAAUGAAACUACAUACACAGGAUUAUUCAGUUCCAAAGUCUGCAGUACUUCAGCACGUCAUGGCAUGCAUCAGAAUACAUUUUGUUACUAAGCAACAUGCAAAGUACCGCGGGCUCGGAAUGACUGGGAACAAAUCGUUCAACUGGCGACUCAAUAGUUACAUGUAACCAUAUUCCAAGCACAGUCCAGUUUAUUCAGCAGGCCUUUGCACAAUAUCACGCAAAAUCAACUAAACAUCUUUCCGAGUAUUCUCGUAAUUCUCAUAAAACGACCGUGAAAUAUCCUUUAUUUUAGUUGUAAAUAACGGAUUUUGAAUCACUUACGCAAUUAUUUUCACUUACGUCUGCCGUUGUUGAGGGCCUCAAUGAUACUAUUGCUAUAGAAACAUCGAAAAACAGUUUAAGAAAUUUUCAAGAAUGCUUUGGCUUUAUCUGUACGAAAUGGAAACAGUUUCUAUCCAGGCGCUUCCAAAAUCUUAAAAAACUAGAUUAAAAAAGACCGAAGUCACAUAGCAGCCUAUUAGUUUUUCAUGUUUUGAUGUAUGACUAAGUAAAAGGAAAUUUAAAAGAAUAGGGGAUGACAUCUCAGUGGUUUGAUUUAAAAGUGCUCAUUUUACAUAUAUCGCUUGUGUUUAGCUGUCCAAACAGAACCGCUAUUCUGUCAUAAAUUAUGCAAAGCGAAUACAUGAUGAUUAUCCUAUUUUCUGAGGCAAUGAUUUAUUAUUACGGCUGAAAAAUAGGAAGGGUCAUUUGCAAUUUCCAGUCUUUUAAGACUUUUGGUAUAUAUGUGAAGCAUUUCUUGCAUGGAAAACAAUUUCGAUUGAAUGCAGAGGUUAUGUUCGGACAUCCUACGAUGACAGCUGAUUUUAAGGGUAUUGGCCAAAGUAAUGAAUAUUCAUUGAGCCCCCGAGCAGAAAAGCGAGGCCAUCUGCCUCAGCGGAUUGCUCAAAUAAUCUUUCCUUGAGUUGAAGCAAGCGGUCUUUAAGGGAGGUCUUAAUUUAGCGAGUUCAUGAUCGCCGUGGCUCGCAGACUCCGGAUCUCGACACAGCUACCUGACCUUGCAAAUUACAAGAGAGGAGAUGACGCAACACAAGGGCAGCGAAAAGAAGCAGAAACGACAGAAAUCCUACUCAAGUGAAAAGUUAAGGUCUCUUUAGUUCUUUAUUCAUUCAUAUAUCGGAGAUAAUUUGCGAUUGCAGUUUUAGGAAACUUCAUGACGCGCGCAGGGGGAAAGCGAGAUCAGAGUUCGCUUGAUUGCUAGUCACUGUGGACUGAUUAUUUCGUCUCUUUCUGGCUGCGGUUCUUUUUAGUGGCUUUUGAUUUGAUCUUCCUCAAAGUCUAACCUUAGUUUGCCUCUAUGUCUACAUGGCAUCCCGUAAUCAUGCAAUUACUGAUUAAGUUACAUUAAGCCUUCACUGGGCAUUUCCGCGCGCGAUGUUUGUUUGAAUAAUGUACAUCUGUCGUACUCAGAGAAAACACUCCCCGAGUUCAUGUUAUCAGAAAUUAUUCACGGAGAAUUUUAUUUCUUCCUUUACAUGCUCUCCAUUGUUAAACUCUUUAAAGCGCAGAUGGGAUGGAUAAAAUCCUUUUUUAAGCUAGCUGGAACCCUUUUUGUUUUGUUUUACACCACUAAACAAGUUGUAACGAGCAACUAUUUAAAUACAGCUGUCCUAUCCUAUGCAUAUGCAACAAACCAGAAAAAUAUUACGCACUAGAAAAAAAAUCUACAUAUAAACAGGUACCAGAUAUUUAUUUUUCGUCGCCUUUGACAGAAAGACAUUAAAUCAAGAAGGUAACACAUAAUAAAAGUGGUAUUUAUACUUGUGCUUAAAAUUCGCGAAGAGCGCCAGAAAUCGAACCGACACUGGCAGCCCUCAAUGUCAUUUAAUUUUAAAGAAAGAAAUAAUUAGAAUGAUAAUAAUACUUAAAAGGAAUUUUUUGACUAAAAUUUCAUCGUCAUUUCUUGUCGGACGAAAUGGAAACUCUUCAAAGAACGAAGACGAAUAUUUAUAGUUUUAAUUUAAAUGCAGUUUGUGAUACUAAGCACAUCAUAUUCAUUACUUUUAACUGAUUUAAAAUCCUAUUUCCGAGCCUGAAGGAAAUCGUUGAAAGCCUGGAAGAAAAAAGAAUUAGUUGACUAUGUUAGUUUGUUUUAAUGCUAAGAAAUACUUCCUUUAAUUUUGUGUGUGCAGUUUAUUGUACUUUAUUAUUGGAUUCAAAUAUUUCGGCUUCGCUGUGGCAACUGCGUUUUUACUUUUCUAAUGGUUGAUCAUCUUCUUAAUAGAUUGAAAUGCAAAUAAAGUAACCUUUUUGUGCUUUUCUGUUUUAUGCCUUCGGGGGAAAAAAUCGAAUUGUAGAUUUUAGUUCUGGAUAAACAAAGGAACCUUUGCGGUUUCAAGCGAUAAAUUCAAGUUAAAAUUUGAUCUUCAUUUGUUUUAUCUAUGAAGAAAUCCAUAUCUGCUGCAAUCUAAAAUCAAGAAGUCAUAUUUUUUUUUUGGGUGUAUGAAUGUAAAUUUUGGAAACACAGCGAAAAGAGAAAAUGGGUUUAGACUUGAUUUGCGGUCCGCUAAAUUCAUAACAAACUUUGCUUUUAGCCUCAUUUACUAUUUAAAUUUUACUUAAACAUAAACAGCGUUAAAAUGAGAAUUUAACAUUGAUUUCUAAGUUAUAAACAAAUCUAAAUCCUUUCAACAACAAAACUGGUCAUCAGUUUUUUUACAACUCGCUGAGCUUGUCAUUUAUCAAAAGUCCCUAUUCUUGUUGUCUAAUCGUACUGACAAUUAAGAUGUUUGUUCUCCUUCUGUAAAAAUUCAGGUUUUUUGCCUCACUCAUCACGAAUUCUAGUUCAUGUUCAGCCCCUUAAAAUUCUCAACACAAACUAAAAAAGAAUACAAAAAAUAAAACGUCAACCACAACAACAUAUAACCUGAGAUCAGGCCCAAUUUUAGCGGUUCUCAUACAUUCUCUCUAUCAACGGCUACCGCUAAAAUUCGUUUCGCCAUGCCCGCCGGAAUGUAAUUUUCAAAGCGAAACGAAAAUAGAGCCUGAUCUCCGGUUACAACAACAAAACUCGAGCGUGAAAAGGCACGUCAGGCCGGGUUGGGGGUCGGGGUGAAGUCGGAGAAGAAGGCGACCAAAACGGAUUCACCAUACCCCUCUCAGUCGUACACCGCUAUGGCAUGACUUGUACUUAGUCCUCUUUUUUCUCUAUUGUUCUGCGCCUUCAGUUAGCCAUUCUUACAAUUUACAAGAUUGGAACAUCUCUUAAAAUUCAUCAAUCCCACUUUUAAUAUAGUGGUCCUCGUUAACUAAAAAAACAAAAACAAAAACAAAACAACAACAACAACAGCAACAACAAAAAGAAGAAUUCUGGUAGUUAUGUCAAGAAAAGAACGCUAAUGAGAUUCAAGUUGUUUAUGACAGACGUCACGAAGUGUCCCGUGGCUCUAAUCUUCAGCAAAAACGCAAGCAACAGGCCCUUUGAUUUAGUGCUAGUUAUUCACGUGGUACAAAACCGCCAUGGUUGGAGAGAAAGAGACACACUGGUACUGUUAUUAACUUGGCGCCAUUACUUAUACAUAAAAUGCCUCCUGCAUGUAGAGUUAUGAAGAAAUAUCAUACAAAUAUCAUAAGUGAGCACUAACCAUAAUCAUUUCAUUUUUUUUUUGCAAAUUGACAUUAACUUAAAUUGUUUUUCAAGAUUCAAUCCAUAUUCAUCCUUACUAUCCGCAGAAAUAGAGGACAGGAAACAGUUUCAAUACUAAAAUAUAAGCUUAAAUAACCUAACCGGAUGAUUACUUUUCGCACUCAAUUGAUGCGAGGACACGUCUUGACUUUUUAAAAAGAUAGCAAAGACCGUCACAUUGAUCUUGUUGCUUGUUUUCCCCUGUACAGUUUCACGUUACGCUGUGAAUGUCCUAGGCAAGUCUUAGGGUGAAGACGAAAGGAGAUAACAGAAAAAACUUUUUUUCAUUCUUUUUUUUUUCACAGUUUAGCUGAUGUAUACGAGGGAGCUCUUAGGAAUGUCUUGGGCAUUCAACUUCACUUGACUUUGGAUGACCAGCAGUCGUUUGCUCAGGACACGAUAAAUGACCUUCUUUUCCGGGACAAGUCUUCAUCCAGCCAGAACAGAUCUUCAAGACAAGAGAAUCUGAAAAGGAGAAGCGAAAACUACCAAAAGGAUCGUCUAGGCGAGGAAUCCAAAGACAUUAAAAACUCGGCAUCUUUCCAAGGACGCACACUUCUGAGAGACCCGAGACGAAUGUCACCAGGAUGUUCCGCAUUCCAUGUCCCUCCCAAAAAGGCGCGCAUGGAUGAAGAAAUGAAGUACGCUGAGAGGAGUUACCCGAUGGAUCGUUACGGUGUACCCCAUCAUGGGCCUAAUUUUCAUUCGGACUAUUCGAAUUCGUUUCCCUCCCCUAGAGGAUCACCCGGAAUGUACCACAGAAGGCUAAAUGGCCCCGAAGCCGUCACUCAUGUUUACAGAACGAACGGGAUGCACAUACCCGUCGCCCGGGAUCAUUACUCGCCCUGGCCCGUGUUCGGACAUCAUCGGGAUGUCCCGACAUUGUUUCCUGUGCGCUGUUCGGUCGUUGAAAACGAACGGAGAUUUCACCGGGGUUUUGUAGAGGAAGAAAAGCGACGAAGAAUGGACUUGGCUUGUCUAAAUGGGUUUGCUCACGAAAAAACGUCAGUACGGGUUAAGAUUGAGGAGACGAAAGAAGAAUACCUCAAACGAGACCAAAAACCAAGUCCAACCGAUAAACAGAGUUCGUCAACUCCUGAAAAGGACAUAAGACUUGAAAAACCGCGCGGCGAAAGGGAAAAACUUUCGCCUGCCUCUCCGUCAAAAUCUAAAUCAAAUGCUUUAUUAACAAGUUGCCUCUCGAGCCGUUCCAGUCCAGUGAAUCAUGGAACUGGGGCUAUAGAUUUUCGCAUGGAGACACGAUAUCGUAGCGCGCUUAGGAAAAUGGAGUCAAGAAGAGAAGGGAGAAAAGGAAGGGGCGAGGACGCUAAGGAAGAAUUCCUCUUCAAGUUGGGACUUGAGAGAAUUGAGGCUUGAACAAUCUCAAUAUUAGGGAAGAAAACUGCCGCGGUUUUGUCGCUGUGGAUACGUUGUUGGAAGUCAUAUUCGUUACGGCUGACCGGUUUGAGAUACAACAAAAAUGAAGAACCCUACUUUCGGGAUUUACUACAACGGUACACGACGUCAGAUAUUGCAUUUGACACCGUUGUCUCUGAUGGUACAGUCUUGAAUUAUUUGCCCUGAUCAUGGGUAUGAAAAUACCUGAGAGACUUUAAAGUGAGU